AUGGAGAUGCUCCAGGGGCUGCUGCUGUGGAUGCUGCUGAGCUUGGGCCGGGCACAGGCAUCCAGGGAGCCGCUGCGGCCACUGUGUCGCCCCGUCAAUGCCACCCUGGCUGCCGAGAAGGAGGCCUGCCCCGUGUGCAUCACCGUCAACACCACCAUCUGUGCCGGCUACUGCCCCACCAUGAUGCGGGUGCUGCAGGCGGUCCUGCCGCCCGUGCCCCAGGCGGUAUGCACCUACCGCGAGGUGCGCUUCGAGUCCAUCCGGCUCCCUGGCUGCCCGCCUGGCGUGGACCCCGUAGUCUCCAUCCCCGUGGCUCUCAGCUGUCGCUGUGGACUCUGCCGCCGCAGCACCACUGACUGUGGGGGUCCCAAGGACCACCCUUUGACCUGUGAUGACCCCCACCUGCAGGCCUCCUCUUCCUCAAAGGACCUUCCCCCCAGCCCUCCAAGUCCAUCCCGACUCCUGGAACCAGCAGGCACCCCGUUCCUCCCGCAAUAA